CCUAUAGUUACUGUGGGCAUUGAGACAAGAUUAAAUUGUACAUGUAUCAAUUAUAUUUAUCUAUAGCUCGUGUUUCAAUCUAGAUGACAUGUUUUUACGGUUAGAAAUAAUUUAAGAUUACAAGUUUUAAAAAGUUUUUUUAUCUUUUCAAACUCCAUCAGUCAAACUAACUCGGCUUCUUCCAAGUCACACCGUUGGUGCUAAAAGGAAAACUAGAAGAGAGAUUUUCAAAUUCCUAGGCUUUAAUCGCCCUGCCUACCGAUCGUUUCUGUCUGUCGAGAAUUCCGCCUUGGAAGGACUCUGUCUGAUCAAUGAACAAUGCCUCAAUCCCAAAUUAGUUGUUCCUCAGUUUCCUCAGAUUUUUGAUGGGUGCACCUAAGCAGAAGUGGACUUCAGAAGAAGAAGCUGCUCUUAAAGCUGGGAUACUUAAGCAUGGGCCAGGACAAGUGGAGGAACAUGACGGUGAUGGCAAACGGUUGGAGUUCUCGAGAGCAAGCAAGGUUAGCUGUCAAAAGGACGAAACAGGCCCCUAGACAGGAUGGGAGUCCUGUGGCUGAUACGACCACAGCUGAAAGUGAUGAGGAAGCUGCUGAAGCGCAAGCAGCCACUACUUCUAGCAGUUCUCCACAGAUACAUGGUUCAAGAAAAUCUAUGAUAAGGUUGGAUAAUCUUAUAAUGGAGGCUAUAAGCAGCUUGAAGGAGCCAGGUGGUUCCAACAAGACUGCAAUAGCUGCAUACAUAGAGGACCAAUACUGGGCCCCUCCAAACUUUAUAAGGCUGCUGUCGGGGAAACUGAAGUAUUUAACUGCAACUGGGAAACUUAUCAAGAUAAAGCGCAAGUAUAGAGUAGCACCCACAUCGACACCAUCUGACAGAAGAAGAAACCUGUCCAGUCCAUUCUUGGAUAGCAGGCAGAGGAUCUUCUCCAAGGUUGAUCGGGAUGAUAUGGACAUGCUUAGUACAUCUCAGAUAGAUUUAGAGCUAGCUAAUAAAAUGAGGAACAUGACACCUCAAGAGGCUGCAGCUGCUGCUGCACAAGCUGUUGCUGAAGCAGAAUCAGCCAUAGCUGAAGCUGAGGAGGCUGCUAGGGACGCUGAAGCUGCUGAAGCUGAUGCUGAAGCUGCAAAAGCCUUUUCAGAUGCAACGAAGACACUACAUGGGAGAAGUGCCCCACGGAUGAUGAUACGUGCUUGAUCGUUCCUUCCGAGGUGCGAGUUAGAGAAUGCUGGAUCCUGUUCCAGUUUGAUGUUUCUGUAUCUUCAGUCAACUCACUCUUCAGCUUGUACAUAUGGGCGAAAAAGUUCAUUGUAAGUGUAAUAUGCCAGGUUGUUAGUAGUAAAAGCUUUUCCGAUUGUAUCAAAUUUGUGUUCCCUGUUCAUCAGCGGACAUGUCUCAGCAACCACAAUGUUUUCUUAUUAAGCUGUUUCUGCGAGCUGAGGGAAUUUUCUGAGGAAUUUGUUGUAAAGAGUAGGAACUGGGAAUAACCCGGUGUAGUGGGGUGAUGGGGGUCCGUUCAUGUGCAGCAUGUACCUCAGGCUCAAUUGUUUACUGUAUGCUGAUUUAUUUAUUUGAACUCGAUUUGGAUGGAAAAUAAAUUAGUUUAUAAUA